UCGACAAGUGAACCUGCCCUGUCCACAAUUUAUACAGAAUGAGUUAAACUUCACAAAUUUCCUUUGACAAUUGGUAGGUGGAAGUAUUAAAGUAGCUAGGGGGAUUUAUAUUUGCAGGUCUGGGAAAUAAAUGAAGAAUUGCAUGUUGUUUAUGUUUAUGGUAAACCAUUAAUACUUUUGCAAAGCUGUUGCUAUUUCUGGGUAUCACUAUCAACCAAUUAACCUUGAGUGUACUCCACAGUCACGGUUUUAUUCAGCUCAUGCAUGGAAGCUGCUACAUUUCCUCACCAACUUCAUCAGGUGAAGCCAUUCCACUUUUUCAAGAUCAUAACCACUCAAAAUCUGCAGGAUGGAAAACUAAUGAUCCCAAAUAAGUUUGUGGAGAAAUAUGGAGAAGGCUUACCAAAUGCUCUAUUUCUUAAGACUCCAAAUGGUACUGAGUGGAACUUCAAUCUGGAAAAGCAUGAUGGUAAAAUAUGGUUUCAAAAGGGUUGGAAAGAAUUUGCAGAGUAUCACUCUCUAGCUCAUGGCCAUCUUUUGGUUUUCAGACGCCAUGGAACUUCCCAUUUUCAGGUACACAUCUUUGAUCUGAGUUCCUUAGAGAUAGAUUACCCUUCUAAAGGUACAGAAGGUAAAACGUCCCCCAAUCAUGAAGGAAAUAAACAACCUCGAAAUGAAGAAAAUUUGGAAUAUCUUCAACCAUAUCAAGUGAGAAGUCAUAAAAGUGUUAAAGUUGAGAACAUGAUGACAUUGCCAGAGGAGGCUCAGCCACAUACCGACACAAAGUUCAAAGAAAAAUCAAAGGUUGUUGUUGCUAACCAAGUUACAGCUCUUGACCUAGCAAGUUCUUUCAAACCUUGUAAUCCAUUCUUCUUAGUUGUCAUGCGUCCAUCGUACAUCCAAUCUAAUGGCGGUCCUCUGCCUUUACAGACAAAGUUUUGUAGGAGACACUUUGGUUUGCUCAAUAACAGACAUAUCAACCUUCAGGUGUUAAAUGGGAGAAUUUGGCCUGCAAAGUAUAUGAUCCAGAAAAUGAAGAACAAAACAAAUUUUAGACUAACAAGUGGAUGGAAGACAUUUGUCAAGGACAAUAACUUGAAAGUUGGCAAUGUUUGCACCUUUGAACUCAUUGAUGGAACUAAACUAACCUUACUGGUUCACAUCUUCAGAGGGACAAAUGGUUCAAAUUGUUCAACAUCUCAAGCUUGUCAAGAAUAGAGAAAAGAAAUGAAAACCAUCAGUGCUACUAAAGAAUCAUCACCGAAGAGUUUCAGUUCUCUUGUAUGAAACUAAACACUACUACCAAAUAUUGGGUAUUUGUAGAGAUUACCUGAUGAUCCCUGAUGGCAUAUGCUCAAGUGUGGAGAUAAUUGGGGAUUUUUUAAACGAGUUUAUUCUCUUUCUUUAACCUGUGAAAAGUUAGAAGCUACUUAUCAGUUAUGAAUUAUUCUGUUGACAUAUUGCUUUAAAACUUGUCCAGGACAGAAAUGUUGUUGCUAGGUAUGAAUUACCAAUUUCUGCUUUGUAUUCGUCUUUUAAAAUAUCCUGGAGGCCAACCUGAUUGAAUGAGAGAAGGCUAAAAUAGAAUGUUGUGGUCUCUUUUGCAA